AUGUCCGUCUGCUCCAGCAACCUCAGCUAUGGCAGCAACAUCUGCAUGCCCGCUUCCCACGACUCCUGGCAGGUGGACGACUGCCCAGAGAGCUGCUGCGAGCCGCCCUGCUGUGCCCCCAGCUGCUGCGCCCCGUCCUCCUGUGUGACCCUCUGUUGCAAGCCUGUGUGCUGCAAGCCUGUCUGCUGUGUGCCAGUCUGCUCCUCCUGCUGCUGCCAGCAGUCUAGCUGCCAGCCCUCAUGCUGUGGCUCCUCCCCAUGCCAGGAGUCCAGCUGUGUGACCCUCUGCUGCAAGCCCGUGUGCUGCAAGCCUGUCUGCUGUGUGCCAGUGUGCCAGUCUGGGGGCUCCUCCUGCUGCCAGCAGUCUAGCUGCCAGCCCUCAUGCUGUGGCUGCUCCCCAUGCCAGGAGUCCUCCAGUGUGACCCUCUGCUGCAAGCCCGUGUGCUGCAAGCCUGUCUGCUGUGUGCCAGUGUGCCAGUCUGAGGGUUCCUCCUGCUGCCAGCAGUCUACACUCUCGUGCUGCCAGCCCAGCUGCUGCCCCUCAUCCUGCUGCAGACCCUCCUCCAGCGUGUCCCUGCUCUGCCGCCCUGUGUGCAGACCCGCCUGCUGCGUGCCCGCCUCCUCCUGCUGUGCCCCUGCCUCCUGCUGCCAGCCCAGCUGCUGCCGCCCGGCCUCCUCUAGCGUGUCCCUGCUCUGCCAGCCUGCCUGCCCCCGCCCGGCCUGCUGUGGCCUGUCCUCGGGCCAGUCCUGCUGCUGA